GUGGUCUUCAACUUAGCGUUGUAGAAGAUGUGUUCUCUGGCGUUGUUCCCCCCGCCGCUGCCCUCGGGGCAGACCACUCUGUGCGAGUCCAACAACGAGCUGCUCUCCGGAACCGCCUCGGAACAGCCACAGAAACAGGAGUCUAGUCCUCCGAGUUUGUAUUUCCCCCGAGAGUCUCUGAAGCUCCACAGUCGCACAGAAAGCAGCAGCAAGGCGGCCUUCCUGGACCACUCAGAGACGCUGUGGAUGAGGAGUGCAGCCGCUUGGCGGGAUGGUGGUUGCACGGGGUUACUCGAUGAAAUUACCAACUCAAAUACAGAAGUGCCUAAAUGGCUUUCAGUGGGUUCGGGCUUUUCACUGGCGUUGCUCCGAUGGUUCUCUUCCUUUCACGGCUCCAUGUUUCCUCAUCUCACAUUGAGCAGUGAGGACAUGCUUGCUGAGUUUUCACAAGUGCUGAACUGGUCUGACUGUGUGGUGCGAGCCUUCGCCUGGCAUCCCCAUACGGAUAAAUUUGCUUUAGCCCUGCUAGACGACUCCAUUAAGAUCCACAACCCCAAAAGUGCCACCACCCCCACCCUGAAGCACCGUCUACAGAGGAGUGUGGCAGCAGUGCAGUGGAAGCCGCUGUGUGCGUCCGCCCUCGCUGUGGCUUGUCAAAACUGUUUACUGGUUUGGCACGUGGACCCCUGCUCGCUCUCAACCAGGCCCUCGUCCGGUUGUGCUCAAGUUUUGUCUCAUCCUGGUCACUCUCCGGUCACUUCCAUCGCCUGGUCCCCGAGCGGAUCUCUCCUCUUGUCUGCCUCGCCCAUGGACACCGCCAUGAUGGUCUGGGAUGUUGCUUCAGAGAGCUGUGUGCCACUUCAGCGUGUUGGAGGAGGUGGGGUCACUUUCCUUUCUUGGUCCCCUGAUGGUAGCCAUGUCCUGGCCUCUACACCUUCUGCCCUGUUCAGGGUUUGGGAGACCAGGAUGUGGACCUGUGAGCGUUGGCCGUGUGUGAAAGGGCGCUGCCAGUCCGGCUGUUGGAGUCCAGAUGGCAGUCGACUUCUUUUUGCCGUACAGGGAGAGGCGGUCAUCUACGCUAUGACCUUCAGUGAUAAACCAGCAGGUGUACCAACGUGCACAUCUACAGGGCCGCAGGCAGCAGCAGCGGUGGCCGACCUAUCAGAGACCACCUUUAACACACCGGAAGGAGACAUCACUGUCGGCGGAGAGAUCCAGUCUUUAUCCUGGGACCCAACGGGAGAGAGGCUGGCAGUGCUUCUCAAGGGUGAUCCACAAGCAGCAGACAGGCCCUCAAUCAUAGCCAUAUUCAAGACAAGAACCAACCCAAUUUUUGAGCUUUUACCUUGUGGUUUUGUUCAAGGGGAGCUGGAUGCGGAGCCGAGACUAAUGCAGUUUCACCCGAACUUCCAGCACGGCGCUCUGCUCACUGUGUGUUGGUCCAAUGGAAGAAUUACCCACGUGCCUUUCUACUUCCUGAGUGCCGGGGUCCCACAUUUUGGCCUCGGUGGCAGUCCGUCGCUGCCGCGUCCUCAAGAAGGAGCCGCAGACUUCGCCAAUCAGUCGCUCUUCACCGAGCUCGUCUCGUGACGCACCCUCACCCACCAGCACACACUCACAAGUGCUCUUUGUUAUUCUGGAUUAUCAUUAAACAUUAAAGUUACCACAACAGA